AUGAUGCACCCAUCGCGCAGAGCAUACGUUGAAGAAGCCGAGCCCGAGGAACGAGGUGGCAUCGAUCUGAACUCCAUUCCUAUUGACCGCGACUAUGAUAUUCCCGGCGCCGGGGCCGGCAUUGCGCCAGAGAAGGCGUCAGCCCUUCUAUCACAGUUUGAACGGAAACGGCUAGCCGCAACCAUUGCCGUCCCAACCGACGAUGGACGAGUACGAUCAAAGCUUCGCGAAUUAGGACAGCCGGUUACGCUCUUUGGCGAGGGCCCCGCGGAUAGGCGCGAUAGACUACGAGAGCUCCUUACUGAACAAGCACAUGCGCAACAAGCCGGCGGCCAGGAGGGUGUGGAUGUGGAGAUGCAGGAUGCGGAAGAGGAGGAAGAAGAAGGGGAGGAGCAAGAGGAGGAGUUUUAUUCCAGGGGCACAGAGGAGCUACUCCAAGCGCGGAUCAAUAUCGCCCAGUACUCGAUACCGCGAGCGAAACGGCGCAUCGAAUUCCAAAAAAAGGAGGCCACCAUUCCGUUGCGCACACACUGGCCACCGGGAACUGGGGCGGCCCAGGUCAAACUUAUCGACAUCCCAACACUCGAGCACAAGCGAACACUAAGAGGCCAUACGAACAAAAUCAGCGGUAUAUCAUGGAUGCCCGGGGCGACCUUACCCGAGAGUAAUGUCUCGGAAAGCAGCGUCAACUUGGCUUCAGGAGGUGCAGAAGGACAAAUCCAUCUAUGGUCAUUAUCACAGGACACGCCACUUUCGACCCUUUCCGGCCACUCUCAGCGAGUAUGUCGGGUAGAGUUCCACCCAUCCGGGAGGUACUUGGCCUCAGCGUCAGAGGACACGUCGUGGAGGUUAUGGGAUGUCGAAACAACCACAGAGCUUGUCCUGCAAGAAGGCCACUCACGAGGCGUGUACGCCGUCAGCUUCAGCACGGACGGGUCUCUUCUAGCCAGCGCUGGCCUGGACAGCAUCGGGCGAAUUUGGGAUCUGCGCUCGGGCCGGACGGUCAUGAUUCUCGACGGCGGCAACGACGGCCACAUCAAGCCCAUCUACGGCCUUGACUGGGGCCCGGACGGCCACCGGGUACUGACGGCGUCUGCCGACGGGUGGAUCAAGUGUUGGGAUGUCAGAAAGGUGCAGCGGUCCGGGGGUAUCGGCGCGCACACGAGUGCCGUGUCCGAUGUCAGGUGGUUCAAGGGCCUCGACGACCCCGUGGAGGGCGUUCACCCCGGUCAGGAUGAGAAGGGCAUGCAGAUUCCCAAGAAGUCGGGCACCUUCUUGGUCUCGGCAGGGUUCGACCAUAAAGUCAAUGUCUUUUCAGCUGACGACUGGGCUCUAGCUCAGUCACUCACAGGCCAUACGGGCCCUGUGGCCAGUGUCGAUGUGAGCAGGGACGGGAGAUGGAUUGUUAGUGGUGGGCAUGAUCGGACCGUUAAGUUGUGGGGGAGGAACGAUUCUGCUGGGAUGUUUGGGAACGAUUAG